UAUUUACAGACAAACAUCAUGACGUUUCGUCAUUAAUACUUUUCACAUACCUGUCCAUUUACAGCAUGACAUGUUUUCAUUUCUUAUCGAUCUCACCGCCAUUGUAUGUUUCCCUCCAUGGGGGCGACGGAGAUGGAGAAGGAGGCGACCUGUAUCCUGCGCUUCGGAAUGAGGCUGUUGUAUUUCUGGCGAGAGCCAAGAAUCUUUGUGCACAGAACUAACUCGCUGAACUUUCGUUUGAACCGGUAGUGCUGUGGCGUUUGGAACAGAAACGUUCGUAAGCUUCUGAAAUAGAAUAAAGGGGUUGAGGAAUGCACUAGACCUUGCGAUUAGAAACGGCCAGACCGUUUUAAAGUGAGGACACAUGGACGGUCUACCUAAUUCGCAUGCAUUUGCAGCUGAAAAUGCCUCAGAAGUUUUAAACGGCCGCCUCAAAUUAGAUCAAGCUUCACAGACACUCAGAAAUUGUGAUACUCUAACUAAUCGCCUGCCCCGGUUUAGUGAUGAUAAAUGCGUUUUAUGCCAAGGUUUCUCCAUUCGUGAAUAUGUAAGCAAAGUUAGAAGUAUGAGCAUCAGGGAAUCAUGGCCUUUACCGGAGAGUCUGGUAGAGGGAAACCAGCACCUGCUUCCGCCUCUUAAUAGGCCUAUUUACAGAUGGUGGGCAUGUCAAUAUUGCCAUGAAGGACAUAAGCACUGUGGAACGAGAAGUCAUACAGUGUUAUUUCAUGGAGCUAAGCCUGAAAAUAAUGGUAGCAAGAUAGACGUAAUAAUAGACCGGGAAAUAAUGUUCUCUAUAGAACCAUUUUCAAACUUAGAUAUGUGUAGUUUUGGUGACUUAGAAGAACAAAUCCGAAAACAAAACCCGAUCCAAAAUUCCGGACAGGAUGACAAUACCGGAAAGAACGAAAAGGGUAUAAUUAGAAUUGCAAACAACGAUGGAAAACAAGAUGUUUAUGAGCGCUGCCAGAAUUCUGUAAUGUCGCCAAUUUCAGCGAAUCCCGGCUUCAAUAACUGGACACUGGAAUGUGCUUCACAGUCUGACCCUGUGCGACCGCGCAAAAAUGGAAAGCCUGAUGCAAACGUGCAUAGAGCUAACCAAAACGGGAACGGCCAGAACCUGGGUACUACUUCACUCAAAGCUUCCAUAAAUAGAAGACAGUUACCGAAAUUAUCAUUUGAUUUGAUGGAAAGGGAAUGCCGAAUUUUUAAGAAAUUAGAAAACAGCGAGAAAACGGAAAAGGCGAAGAGGGCUAAAAAAGUAGCACGAUUUCAGAUAACAGCAAAGCCAAUGUCUAUUCAAUCUGACAAAAACAAAAUUAAAAAUCAAAGGCCUCAGGGAACUAGAUCUGAGACGCUUGACAUUAACAAUGGUGAUCAUGCUACUGGGGUCAAAGUUUGCCCAGUUUGCACAACAUUUACUUCGGCCACUGUAACAACUGUGAAUGCGCAUAUAGACGAUUGUCUUGCCCAAACAUCUGACACACAGAAGAAACCAGGUCAAGCCCAUAAACGCAGAUCAAGGACGCAAAAGAAGCGGUCGAUAAUUGAUAUUUGUGCUGCUUCCCCGCGAGUUCAGAAUCAUUCAGGUCGCCAGAAUUUUUUUGGGAUUGAUGAAUCAGCGGGUUCGCCUACAGCUAACUGCAACCUAAUGAAAUCAGUGGCACUGAUACAGUCAAAUUUUGGAAAUGAAAUUUGUGAAGGUUUACGGAACUUGAAUUGCAAAAGAAAGAGGGCAGCUCAAUCACAUCCAAUUAUUGAAAAUGGGAAAGCUGGAAAUAGACAAAUGGGAAGAAAACGCCGGCGGUAGCUUGGUAGGACACCCAGUGUUUCAUGCUCGGGAGGAGUUGAGGGGUAUGUCAAUUUUGGUUGCAGGAGUUCUUUGUUGUAGGGCCUUCAAGAUAUCUGAUGAAGAUGGAUCUGUCCUUCAAUGUUGGUUUAGUCCUCUUGCGUUUUGGAGCUCUCUUCUUCAUUCACUGGGCAUCCUAUGUUAUUUCUUUUUCAUAUCCUUAUUUUGUAAAUAAGCUUGCAUGCCCCUAUUCUGUAAAAUGAGCUUGCAUGCUCCUAUUUGUAAAUGAGCCUGCAUGCUCCGAUGCUGAUCUCUAUUUUAUAACUAGCUUUGGCUAGAGGAUUGUUCACUACUUCUCUUCUAUAGUCAUGUUGAUGAGCAAUGACCAGAGUUUUUCUUGCUGGUUCUUUUCUCUGGGAGCUCAGUUUGAACCAGUUUUUAAAUAUAUUGUAAAAAUUAUAUAUUAUUAAUAAAAUAUAUCAAGUGGCA